CUGAACUCAGAGGAAUUCAAGGCUAACGCUGGCAGCUGAUGGACAACGUUGGAGGUGAAUUCAGGAUCCAGUGGAGCACUGGUGCGAUCUGAGGCAAGGAACCCUGUGAGAACCUGGAGCUGCACCCUGCCAAGCUUCUGGGGGGAUGAAUAUGGUGGUGGGCCACUGUCACCACCAGCCCCUGCUCCACUUCUCCAGUUCGUGCUCUGCCGCCAGGGGGAGAUCUGUGGUCCGAGAGACGAGAACGCUGGGACGCAUGCCCAAGGCCUGGGAGGCCUAAGGACUACGAGUCCCAGAGAGCCAUGAGGCUGCCACGCCCCGCUCGCAGCGGAAGGGAGGUGGGGAGAAAAAAGAAACUACAAAUCCCAGAGGGUACCGCGCUCUCGAGCCAGGUGACUUGGCUCUUCAUCCUCUGGCUGCGAGGCGGAACCCAGACGUCCGAGUCCGGCACCGAGGCUACGGAGCUGUGGAGCGCGUGCUGGAGGGCGGCAUGGAGGAGGCGGACCGGAUUCUGAUCCACUCGCUGCGCCAGGCGGGCUCGGCCAUCCCCGAAGAUGUCCAGUCUCUCCGGGCCUUCACUGCAGAGCUGGCUGUGGCAGCCGUGGUGGGCUGCCUACAAGUGCUUCGGCCCUCCCUGAGCUCCAGCCUCAGCCCCCGCCUGCCUCCCGGAAUGUCAGCCCGCUUCCGGCUUGGCGUGAGCCUGGCUCAGGCUUGCUCAGACCUGGGUUACCCUCGAGAGCUCGGCUACCAGAGCUUUCUGUACCCAAGUGAGCCGGACUUGCGGCAGUUAUUGCUCUUCCUUGCUGAGCGGCUGCCCUCCGACCCUGCCCAGGAGAGUACCCAGCCCUCAGGUGAGUCGGCCAUCCUGCUCCGGGCUGUUGGUGCCCAAGUCAAAGAACUUCUGGCAGAGCCAUGGGUGCCCCCAGGCCUAAGGCCCCAAAAGCAGCAGGACUGCGUACCUCUGAAGCUUCUCCACUUCCAGCCCUUCAUCCUCCCUGAGGCCAACGCCUCAGAAGGUGACUCCGAGGUGCAGGAAUUCCAGGGGGGACCCCUGGUGCCGCCAGUUCCUGCCCAGAUGCCCUGUCAGGCUGUCCGAGCAGCUUCAUUCCUGGAGGAGCACACAGCCCAGCUUCAUGACCUGCCCAAGGGAGAUUCCCCUGGAGAUGCAGACAGGGCUUGCAGGAGGUAUCUGGCCCCCCGGCUGGUGGAACAGCUGAGGCAGAGCUGGGGGCAGGCUGCAUCCAGUACUUCAGGGGCUCCCAGACCAGGUCGAGAGCUGGGCGACCUCCUGUUCACCUGGGAGCCAGGUUCUGGAGAGCCUUGGGGGAAGGGUUCCAGGUUCACACAUGCCGAGAAAUUCACUUUUGCUCAGGAAGAGAAGGGGAGCUGUGCCCCACCUGUGGUACCUGCAGAGCUCCCCUCGCCUCUGGCCCCACUGUCCCCCACCCGCUUGGAGCAUGAGGUAAAGGCAGGGCAGGAGGCAGAGCUGGCCUCUCUCCAGAGCCGCCUAGAACUCGUGGGCCACAGCAUCAAGGAAGCUGGGACCACUAUGAAGAGACUGACGCUUAGCACAGGCCAGGUCGAAGCAGAGGCCCGACAGGACUGGCUGAGCGCCACAGAGCGGGAACAGGCCAGGAAGCUGAAGCGCCGGGCCGUCGACUUGCUGCCUGAUGCCCCCAGCAACCUGGCCAAGCUGCAGGUGGUGGUGGAGGCCAGUGCUCAGCGUGUCAUCCACCUUGCUGGCCAAUGGGAGAAGCACCGGGUGCCACUGCUGGCUGAAUAUCGGGCUCUGAAGAAGCAUCGGGACCAGAGAGAGUUCGAGUCAUCACACAGGGUGGCUGAGCUGCAGGCUCUGCAGGAGUGUGUUCGAGUGGCUGCCGCUGAGGCCCGCCGCAAGGAAGGUUUAUACAAGCAGCUGAUGGCUGAGCUGGAGACCCUGCCUGGAGACAUGGCCCGCUCUGCCUACACCCAUCGCAUCCUGGAGAUCGUGGGCAGCAUCCGGAAGCAGAAGGAGGAGAUCACCAAGAUUCUUUCUGAUACCAAGCUGCUUCAGAAAGAGAUCAAUGCUCUGUCUGGCAAGUUAGACCGGACCUUUGCCGUCACAGAUGAACUGGUCUUCAAGGAUGCCAAGAAGGAUGAUUCGGUGAGAAAGGCCUAUAAGUACCUGGCAGCCCUGCACGAAAAUUGCAGCCAGCUCAUCCAGACCAUAGAGGAUACCGGCACCAUCUUGCGGGAGGUCCGAGACCUGGAAGAGCAAAUUGAGACAGAGACUGGCAAGAAAACGCUCAGCAAUCUGGAGAAGAUCCUCGAGGACUAUAGGGCAGUCCGCCAAGAGAACGCAGGCCUGCUGGGCCGAGUCCGAGAAGCAUGAGGCUGGUGCAACUGUCAGGCCUGGGGCUGCCUGCCCUGCCUCUCCCAGGCAUACCCUGUACCAAUGUGUGGUUCAGCCACAGGGCCUUUAUUCACUGGGGGGCCCAGGAGAAAGACAACCAAUAAAAACGGUUUCUUCAGCA